AUGCCGGUGCAAGCGCUCAGGACGGUUACGGCGGCCAGAAAUGGCGUCGGCGCCUUCAUCUUGCAAUGCAAACGUCUUGAUUUCCACUAUUGUGACUGGGCUGGCAGUUCGCGGGGCAUGAACGAAUUCCUGCGCCAGAACCUUCCGGCGUUCGCCCGUGAACACCCCCAGAUUGAGAUCCGAGUUGCCCCCCGGCCGCGCAAGCACCCCAUCAUCCGAGGCCACUUCGUGAAUGGCAAGGAUAAGACUAUCUGUGUCCGCAACCUCGAACCCUCCGACAUCCUCAAACAAACACUUCUCCUCAAGGACGCCAGUGGGGAGAAGCUGAAGCGGACGAAGAAGCCUGUCACGAGUACCAACGACAGUGUGCGAGGCAUCUGGUCACCAUACCAUGGUGACCUGCGCGGUGUAUAA